CUGGCAAAUCCGCUCCGGCGCUGGGCGCCUCCUCCGCGUGCGUCUCCUGUUGCUUCUUCAAGCCUCACUUCCCUUUGCGAAGAGCUCGCAGAGAGGAGGGCGCGGGCGACAUCACAGGGGUCUGCGAGGGGACCCAGAAGCCAGCGGGCGACCGGGGAGCCCAGCCAGUCAGCCCCCUCUGGGAGGCGGGAAAGCUGCAAGCCGCGCCCACCGCCCUGCCCCCAGCGCGCCACUCCCGGCUGCUUGGACUCUGCUAGUCCUCCUGGGAUCCGCUCGGAGGGGACCCAACGCCUAGACACCAUGGAGACGGUGCUGAUCCUCUGCAGCUUGCUGGCCCCUGUGGUCCUGGCGAGUGCAGCUGAGAAGGAGAAAGAAAACGAUCCUUUCUAUUACGACUACCAGACCCUGAGGAUUGGGGGGUUGGUGUUUGCUGUGGUCCUCUUCUCUGUUGGGAUACUUCUCAUCCUCAGUCGCAGGUGCAAGUGCAGUUUCAAUCAGAAGCCCAGGGCUCCAGGUGACGAAGAGGCCCAGGUAGAGAACCUCAUCACUACAAACGCUGCGGAGCCCCAGAAGACAGAGAACUGAGGUGCAGCCUCCAGCGUGAAGCCUCCAGAAGCCAAGGUCAGCUACCUGACGCUUCAGAGACUGAUGUCGAGGCUUGAGAAAACCGGCUACUUCAUACCAGACCUUUCCCUAGGAGAAGCCAAGAACGCGUGUUCCCUGUGCCUCUCCCUGCCCCCCACUAACCCCAGUCCCAUAUUAAUGAUGCAACACUUCUCACUGCAGCCAGGCUCUGGACCCUGUCGUCUGUGCCGUGUCUGUGCCGUGUCUGUGUGUGUCUGCUGACUGUGAUCGAUCAUGGAUUUCGUUGUUUCUGUGAACUGUGUGCUUCCUCUCCCACGCUGCCAUCGGCACCUUGUGUCCUCCUGUGACCUCCAUCUCCUCUUGCUCUCUGGAGUCUGCUCUGUUCCCGAGGAGCCCUAGUCCCAUCUCUGGAUUGAGGGAGAGUUAGUUGUCCCCAGGACAGGAGUCCCCAGUGGACCUAGGGCUGAGAAAGUUCCUUGCUAUUCUUUGUGGACUCUCAGAAGAAACUUGCUCUGGAUUCCACCAGUUUAGAAGGUCUGUUUGCAGCUGGAGAGUCAGAAUGCCUUGCUGCAGGCUCUGCCUUCCAGGGCUCCUUUUCCUUUUAGGGUGUCCACUGCAGAGUCCCCAUCUGCCCCACCCUUUAGGGAACACCCAGGAAUUCUUGCAUCUGGGGAACGAGCUCCUCUCUUAUCUUCCGAGCAAUAACCCGGUAGGCUCUGGAGUCCCCCUGCCUUCAUCCACCUUUCCUGCUUCUAAGACUUCAAUCUCUGGCCCGAUUUAUCUGAGCAGAGGACUCCUUCCUUCUCCGAAGCUGGUCUCUGGCAGGAGAUAGUCAAGGGGACAGGCAGUGGAAAGGGUGGGGACUCUAUCUCUCUGCCUGGUGAUGUGGAUAUGGCAGACUUUGCAGUUUCUUAUCCCUGCCUGUCAGGGGUCAGAGUGGAGAGGGAUGGAAAGGUUCAGGGGCAGCGGGGCUGAGGGUCAGAGAGCAACAGGGUAUGAGCAGCCUGGAUGCAAAUGCCGGAAGUCAAAAGUCAUCAGAGUGGAAACUCACACCAGAGCCUGCCCCACCUGCCUAAUGUGUUCCCUUGGAAACUAACCAAGCCACACUGUGUACUGGGACUGCUGAUCUCUGUCUUGUGAUCUAUAUCCUCUGACAACAGAAAAAUAAAUAAAUACAGCAUUGUUUCCUAGUG